AUGUUCGCCAAAACCGCUUUCGUCUGCGCUCUUUUCGCCGCCUCUGCUCAAGUUGCAGUUGCCCAAGCAGUUGUACAGCCUGCCUGCUUCAUGAAAGUCUUUUCCUCAUUCCAGACCGCAUCACCUGGACAUUACGCAGCCGACCAGAAAACUCUUUGCUGUAAAGAAGCGGCCGAGUUCAAGUCGCGUAUCCAGUCGGAUCUCUGCCCUUCUGGAGACCAAGCCGCUGCUUUGUCUUCAUACAAAACCGCGUGCGAGGAGGCGGGUUAUGGCUCGUGCUCUAACUCAACUUCAAGCUUGGCAUCUGCGUCAGGCACAGCAUCUCCAUCAGCCAGCUCCAACAGCUCAGCGCCUUACCCAGUCGUAUACACGUCCACGUCCACAUACUUUGAUAAAGAAUGUUCAUGCACAAAAACCACAGCUGUUGUCACUAGUGGCGUAGCUGGCGCUACUGGACUUGCAACUGGAACCGGCGCAUCGGGCCCCUUCGCAACCGGCACCGCAGGUUCGGGCUCGAGCUCAGGAUCAGGAUCAGGAUCAAGCUCAGGCUCAGGCUCAGGAUCGGGUGCAGCCUCCGGCUCUCCAAUCACACCCGUCUCUCCGUCAAAGACUGGAUCCGGACCAAGCUUUACUGGGGCCGCAACAAAGAAUGUUGGCUCUGUCGCUGCUGGACUCCUGGCAGUCGCUGGUAUCGCCAUGGCCCUGUGA